GUAACAUCAGCAUCAAACUGCCCAUGUUGCAAGCUGCGGCGGAUAAACUUGAGACCAACAGGUCUACUCUCAGGGAAGCUUUAAUGAAGGGAUUUAGCGUGAAUUAUACUACUCUAAAUGCGGACGAUUGCGCUAGGUGUCGCGAUUCGGGUGGGGAGUGUGGGUUUUUGGAUCAGUUUGUUUGCAUUUGUGGUGAUCGAAUUUGUGACAUACCGGCUAUUCUUGAUGAGAGAAGAAAGAGAAUUGCUACUCAAUCUCAAAGCAAAGACUUGCCUGCAACUCCUCCUUCAGGCAAAGGCCUGGGGCCUACCAUUCUAUCCACUAUGAAUUCUGAAAGCAUUCCUUCUUAUUCCUCAGUUAAGUCUGGCCUAGAAAAGGGAAGCACCUACUUUGGAGUUCAGGUCUUCAGCUAUGCUGAGCUUGAAGAAGCAACUGAUAAUUUUGAUCCUUCUAAAGAACUUGGAGAGGGGGGUUUUGGCACUGUUUACUAUGGUGUGCUCAGUGAUGGGCGUGUUGUGGCAGUAAAGCGCCUAUUUGAGAACAAUCUCAAACGUGUUGAACAAUUCAUAAAUGAAAUUAAGAUCCUAGCAGACAUACGACAUCCAAAUCUUGUGACACUAUAUGGAUGCACCUCAAGGCACAGCAGAGAACUUCUCCUUGUGUAUGAAUACAUUCCUAAUGGAACUGUGGCUGAUCAUCUUCACAGGAGAAGGGCAAAGUCUGGCUUGCUUACUUGGCCUGUUCGGUUGCGCGUUGCCAUAGAGACUGCUACUGCUUUAGCUUACCUGCAUGGUAAAGAAAUCAUACACCGUGAUGUCAAAAGCAACAACAUUCUUCUAGACAACAGUUUCCAUGUGAAAGUGGCUGAUUUUGGUCUGUCUCGACUUUUCCCUAAUGAUGUUACCCAUGUGUCAACUGCUCCGCAAGGGACCCCCGGCUAUGUUGAUCCUCAGUAUUAUCAGUGCUACCAUCUUACAGAUAAAAGUGAUGUAUAUAGUUUUGGGGUGGUGUUGAUUGAGCUCAUUUCUGCAAAGCAAGCAGUAGACACAAAUAGGCACCACUUUGAUAUUAACUUGGCUAACAUGGCCAUCAGCAGAAUUCAGAAUCAGGCAUUGCAUGAGUUGGUUGAUCCAUCUCUUGCCUUUGAAACUGAUUUUGCUGUCAGGACAAUGAUUGCAACCGUUGCAGAACUGGCAUUUCGGUGUUUGCAGCAAGAGAGGGAUAUGAGGCCUUCCAUGGAAGAAGUUUUGGGGGUUUUGAAGGGAAUGCAGAAUAAAGAUUUGGGAGCUCAGUUUGCAGCAGUGGUGGAUAUUGGAGCAGAUGAUGUUGGCCUUUUGAGACAUGUUCCCCUCCGGUUUCGGCAGACUCAAUUGAAACUGAAAAAUGGGUUAGUAGCUCUAUCACACGGAAUUCCUUUUAGUUCUAGCAAAUGAGAUUUCGUUUCACUUUUCCCCUCAAAUUCUCAGUAGUAAAAGUAUUGUACGAUCUUGAUCCAUUGUGGAUGAACUCUAAAUUUUCAUUACCUUUACUUUCAGGCCUUUUCUCCUUUUCCCUUGUUUGUUUAAAAAUAAUGUAAGGGGCAGAUAAGAACAAUGUAAUCUAACUUGCAUAAAUGAAAGCAGAAUUUUGAUUUUGAAGAGUAUUUGCUGCUUAAAAUUCAGGUUUUAAGUUCUGCUUACCAGAAGGGAAUCAUUUGUUUAAAUUGAACAUUUUGUCAGACAAAAUGGUGGUAACAUUUCGGUGAAUAGCUUGAACAAGUGACAACAGAUGCAGCAGCAUAGAGCUGUUUUGUAUCCGCAUGGUAUGUGUAGUCAGUAGUUACCAUGCGUUGUAGAGGCAGAUUAAAUUAAACUUUAUAAU